AUGCCUUCAGCUUUCCUCGAGUUCUUCGGAAGGCUGUUUCUCCGAGAGACCAGCGCGAAAUCAGGCGAUAGAGAGGUAUACAGGACACCGCCCACAUCUUCCGUUGGCCGGUUUAUCCCACUGCAGCUACCUCUCGAGCUCUGGGUCGAAGUCCUCAGUUUCGUCUCAGACCGACGUACCUUGGUUCAGCUCAUGCUUGUCAAUCACGCAUUCCACGACAUCACUGAAACCCUUCUCUACCGCACUGUGGUCCUCAAAAGUCACUAUACUAUCCCUCUUCUCGAUAGGGCGCUCAAAUCGUCUGCCAAACGCGCAAAGUUUGUGCACGUACUCGAGCUCACAGAAUCCACAGGAUACUAUCCCUUCCAACCAACAUUGUCAAGUCUGCGUUAUCUAACGCUAAUAGACUACGACUACCGGGAUUGUGUUGGGCAGCGCACCUGCGACGCUGUACUCACGAUGUGCUUCCCCCAUCUCCGCGGAUUUACAACCAAUUUACCCAUUACUUCAGCCUCCUACCUCGACAGGUUCCUCACAGUCCAUCAGAAGCUCGACGAGCUUGACAUCUCCCAGUCGCAAUACCUUCUCGAAGGCACUGUUGGAAUCUUGGAGCUCUGGACGUCACUGCGCUCACUCCGUGUCCUCGGGUACCACUCCCCCUUCUUCUCGGACAGCGUCAGGCGAAGACGCACUCCCACCAAGGUCACGCAUCUGUAUAGACCUAUUUGCACUGAACCGGAGCUUAGCCUCAUCAGCAGCCUUAUGCCCCAGCUUGUCAGCUUGCGGCUGGGCGGUCGUCGUGGGGGUUGGAAUACGCCAUGGUCUCUGUACGAUGUGGCAAUGAACUUUCCUCACCUUCGCUUUCUUCAGCUCGACAUGCUUCAGGGUGAUACACCCACUCUCAGUAAGACAGUCAUCGACUGGACUCUCGAUCGCUCCCAGGACAUUCCCCCGCGACCGUCUUCAGAGCCGCGCAUGACCGUUGCGUGGAUGUACACUCGCAAUCCCCGCUGCAAGGAAGGUUCUGUAGGAUGGGCCGAUGCAUGGGACAAGCAUCAGGAAAACGUCACGGACUUGUACAGGUACUUGGGGUACUUGGCCAAGUACCUCAAGUAUCCCAAGUACCUCAAGUACCCCAAGUCCAAUGGACUUGGCCAAGUCGGGUGGGUUGACUUGGCCAAGUACCAGGUACUUGGCCAAGUCCUCCAAGUCCCUGUUCAAGUUCAUGCCCAAGUUCACUGUGAGAUGUAUUGA